UGUGGAGUUGAACGUUCCACCAGCUAGCGGUGGGUCCAGGGACAGCUGUGCCACGUCUGCUGGUGCUGAGGCGUUGAUGGAGCUCUGAGAGGUCCUCCAGGCUCCCGUCAUGACCGCUUAGGGGAGCAUUCCUGGGGAAAGGGGCCAACAUGAAGCUGAUCCUGCUUGCCGUGCUGCUUGCCUUGGCCUGGGGAGCCCUUAUCCCAGAGCCAGAGGUGCAAAUCGAGGUGAUGGAGAAACCAUUUAUCUGUAAGAGAAGGACCAAGUAUGGGGACAUGUUGCUGAUCCACUUUGAAGGAUUCUUGGAAAAAAAUGGAUCUCAGUUUCAUUCCACUUACAAAGAUAACAACGGCCAACCUGUAUGGUUCACACUAGGCAUUAAAGAAGUUAUCAAAGGCUGGGAUAAAGGUCUCAAGGACAUGUGUGUAGGAGAAAAACGAAAGUUAGCGAUACCUGCAGCUCUUGCUUAUGGAAAAGAAGGGAAAGGUAAAAUUCCUCCAGAAAGCAACCUUAUUUUCCAUAUUGACCUUAUUGAGAUCCGAAAUGGACCAAGAUCACAUGAAUCCUUCCAAGAGAUGGAUCUUAACGAUGACUGGAAGUUAUCUAAAGAUGAGGUAAAGGAAUAUCUGAGGCUUGAAUUUCAGAAACAUGGCAACCAAGUAAAUGACAGUCAACAUGACAUCCUUGUGGAGAGUAUAUUUGAAAAAGAAGAUGAGGAUAGUGAUGGAUACAUUUCUGCCAGAGAAUUUACAUAUAUACACGAUGAGCUUUAACAAAAAAAAGGACUAUCUGCCAAUCAAAGGGAGGCCAUAAAACAUGCAGUACUUGGAACUUGCAAUACAAUUAUUCCAAAUGUAACUGAUGUUAACACCAGGUGAUCCUAAGGAAAUCCUUCCCAUAGUUCUAGAACUCCACUGGGUUCCAAGGAAUGUAUCUGUUAUGACUUAUCCUGAUACAAGCUAUUGUAUGAAAACGUUAUACUUGGAAUUUUGCAAACCGACACGUAAACAUCCGACAUUGAGUAAUACAUUCGAAUUGGGACCAACAGACAUUUUAUAAUUGGAAUAAAUUAUAACGUGUUUUUAUUUUUUUAUUUUAAUAA